AUGGCGGGAACCAGUGGAAGUGGGAGGAGUGAAAGUGAGAAAGAGAAGACGAAGAUGAGGGAGAGGCAGAGAAGGGCCAUCACCACUAAGAUCUUCCAUGGUUUGCGCAAACAUGGUGGCUACAAACUCUCUCCUCGCGCCGACAUCAAUGAGGUCCUCCGCCAUCUUGCUAACGACGCCGGCUGGCUUGUGGAACCUGAUGGCACCACCUACCGCUCCAAUGUAGUGAAUUGCUGUCCGGCUUGUGGAAUCUCCAAAGCAAGCAUUGCCACAGCAAUAGCAACACCGAGCAGCAGUGUGGUCAUGGGUGGUGGUGAAUGUUCGACCACAGCUUCGCCACUUCGACUCCCUGAAUUUAACAGCAGUGGCAGUGGCACACACUCCAUUUCACCCUUGCCCAACAUGCCCGAAGGUGACCUAAACCAGCAGGAGGCCAGGGCAUCCAACUACACCACUCCUGUUGCUUCACCUCGCUCUUAA